AUGUUCAAGAAACCUCAAGUCUUCAGCUUCGGUGGAUUGCAUUUGCUAAAUCCGUCGUGCCACUCAUCACCAGCUCAUCCGCGUCCAUGGCAGUUGUCUCCGCACCGGGGGUUUGCCACUGCUCAUGGUUUCCGCGAAGAUGACCUCUCCUGGCCAUCUUCCUCCUCUUUUACUCCCUACGAUGUGUUCAAGCAAGACCGGAACGCUCCGUAUUCGAAGCACAGGUUCUAUGAAUUAGUCAAGAUCUACCACCCGGAUCGACCGUGCAAUGAUCAUCCAUUAUGCAGGGACCUCUCUCCCGAAACGAGGGUUCACAGAUACCAUGUUGUAGUAACAGCCCAUGAGAUUUUAUCCGAUCCAUCUAGGCGGGCGGCUUACGAUCUGUCUGGUGCUGGAUGGAAUCUCCACCCACAAGGUUCACAUCCACCCUGGGCUAGGCCAGGCUCGCGUGACUGGAGUCCCAUCUAUGCUAAUGCAACCUGGGAAGACUGGGAACGAUGGCAGAACCGUUAUAAUGGAAAGCAGCAAACGAUGGUUGACCAUCGCACCUUUGCGCGAUUGAUUAUACUUCUGACCCUGCUGGGAGGUGCGCUUCAGGCGUCCUGGAUCAACAAACUAAGUAUUGGACAUGAAGAUCGACUUCAACAACUCAAUGAGGAAACCAUGCGACUCCUGGCAGGACGACGGGAAAAUACCGUGAAGCAGAUGCCAUCAUCCGAAGCCAAAGUCCAACACUUUCUUAUCCGGAGAGAUCCUUCAGGUGUUGGAUUAAAGGGGCAAGAGCAGCAGGUCUACCAGAAGGUUCUCUAUCCUCGAGAGUCUUCCUCCGAAGAAGCGCAUCCAGUGAAGAUACUGGGCAAUACGACCACGGAUGCUAAAGAACCAGACCCGACAUCUUAA